AUGAGCGACGAGUACCGAGCGUUGAAGGACGUUUUUGCCGGCACGAUGGGCGGCAUUGCCCAGGUCCUGGUUGGCCAGCCGUUUGACACCACCAAAGUGCGUAUCCAGUCCGCUGAGGGCCACGUUUCUCCCGUCACCGUGGUGCGCCAGCUGCUGACCAACGAGGGUCCUAUGGCCUUCUACAAAGGAACACUGACUCCGCUGAUCGGAGUCGGGGCCUGUGUGUCUGUGCAGUUUGGUGUCAACGAGUUCAUGAAACGGACGUUUUCGAGUCUGAACGGUCCCGGAAACCCGAUCAGCAUGCCUCAAUUCUACGUGUGCGGAGCAGCAGCAGGAUUUGCAAACGGCUUUAUAGCCGCGCCAAUAGAGCACAUCAGAAUCAGACUGCAAACGCAGACGACCGGCGCCAAGACGUUCAGCGGGCCUUUAGACGUAAUCAGGAAGCUGUACCAUGCGGGCGGCAUCAAGCUUAUUUAUAGAGGUCUGGGUCCCACGCUCGCCAGAGAAAGUUUGGGUAGCGGAGCAUAUUUUUUGACUUUUGAAGCUCUCGUGAAAAACGAGAUCGAGUCGCGGAAUAUCGCCAGAAAAAACAUCGAGAACUGGAAACUCUGUGUCUUUGGAGCGCUGGCGGGCUACGGCAUGUGGCUCAGUAUUUAUCCCAUCGAUGUGAUCAAGUCCAACAUGCAGACCGACAACUACAAGAGGCCGGUCUAUAGAAAUGCUGUCGAGGCUUUUAGGGGAAUCUGGAGACAGAGCGGUGCGUGGGGACUCGUCAAAGGGUUCUCGCCGACGAUUCUGAGAGCUGCCCCGGCCAACGCGGCUACUUUCCUGGCCUUUGAGAUUACCAUGCGGUAUUUGAACUAG